AUGAUCCACACUACAAAGACCGUUCUAACUUUCUCACAAGUCUCUUCCUCCCGCCCACUCUCUUCUAACAUUUGUCGGAAAACUUCACUAGUUAGAUUUUGCACCAAACCUGAUUCUGACCCUAAGAUGGACGAGGCUCAAAAGGCUAAUACUCAGAAAAAGGAAACUACUGAGCACGGGGAUGUGAUGUCUCAUUCGUUUGGAGAAGGGUAUGCUACGAGAUCUGAUGAAGAAGGAUUUGGAGGAAUAUAUGGUGGGAACCAGUCUCUUCAGCAACAUAAGUCUGUCCAUGAAAAUCAUCCAGAUUAUGACAAGACGCAGGGAAGCGUUGUGAAAGAGAAGGAAACAUCGAGGCACCAGAGCAACUCCAACUAG